AGUCACUGUCACAGACUUGACUCACGCUGAGUUGAGCCAUGACGAGCACUUCGCAGAAGCUGCUUCUGCUUGCUGUGGCCUUCACCUUGCAAGCAGUUUCUCUUUCUCCGUACUACUCCUAUGGACAGCUCUUCACCGCGCUGAAACAGGCUUCAUUGGGCAAACGCAUCCCGAAAAGGUCCCUACAGCCCGAUUCGGGCUGGAACUUAGAGAGGCAGAGGCCGCGCUUUUGCGUGGUUUUUGACAGCAUCUUUCAGUCACAGAUGCUUCCAAGUGGCUUAGCCAGUCAAGGAGAGCGGCCACGCAUCCGGCUCCUUGGCGCUGAUCGGCUCUCUGCGCGACUUCACCAUCUGCCUGGGCAGCGUCUUCGUGGCUUCACUGCUGAAGCGCUUCGGCCCAGCGCGUUCCGUGGAGCUCGGAUCCGUCAGCCUGGUGCUGGGCAUGCUGCUUGACAGCGUUGCUCCGAGCCCCUGGUGGCUGUUCCUUUCCUACAGCCUCAUUUCCGGACUUGGUUUGGCGAUGAUCUUCUGCCCCGCGGCCACCUUGCUCUAUGGCCGAUUGGAGGGCUGGCAGCUUCCCGUGGCUGUUGGCCUGGCAUCAGCAGGAGGAGGUGCUGGCACCAUCGCCGUGAACAGCGCUAUGGAGGUCUUGUUGAAGCUCGGCUGGCGCUCCACGCAGCAGAUUCUGGCGGGGGCCUAUGCUGUGCUCCUCAUCCCGUGCUGUCUCGUGCUCCGGUGCCUCUUGAAGUCGGAAGGAACCAGUCAGACAAACCCGAAGCAGCCAAUGGGCUGUGAUGUGAAGGCUCUGUUGCGGCCUUUUCUGGAACUGAAGUUUAUGCUUUUCAGCGUUUGCGUGCUGCUCUACAUCGCCACUUCCAUGAUUCCAUUUACCCAUUUGGUCUUCUACGCCCGCGAUGCAUUAGACUAUGAGAACGCAGCGGGGCUUAUAUCUGUUGCCGGCUUGGGGAGCAUAUUGGGGCGGAUCUCUAGCGGGGUUCUGGCCACCGUCAUCCCAGCCUCCUGGAUUUUCGCGGCGCUGGUCCUGCUGCAGGGGGGGGUGUUUUUCUGGCUGCCCUUCUGCGAGACCUGGCAGCUGACCGCCUUCUCCAUGAUCUACGGGGUGUCCUCGGGGGUGCGGGUGGCACUCUUGACGCUGGUGGUGGCCGAGCUCUUCGGCGCCCAGCGGGUGCAGGCGCUGUACUGCUUGCUGGGCCUCCCCAUGGGCCUCGGCCUCGUGGCUGGGCCGCCUCUGGCGGGGCUGGUCUUCGACCUCACCGGCAGCUACCAGGCCGCCUUCCUGGGCUCCGGCGCGGCCAUGGUCGCCUUGCUGCCCCUGCUGGCUCUACUUUUCCGCAGGGAUCAGCGCCAUGUCGGGUCCGGAGAAAGAGAUGACCAAAGUGUCGCUGACAAAUCUGUCGGCUCUCCCAAGAGUCCCCUUGCCGAGUUGAACUUCCAGAGUGAUUCGGAGGGACCGCAAGAGAAUUCGCUGGCAUGAGAGAUUUUGUUGAACUUUUCUCACUUGAAUUCACUUGAAUGCAACGCUACAAGGGCGUUUUCAGGCAGCUCAAUGCAGUUUUUCUUUGCUGUCAGGCCAGGAUUUGACCGCUUUAUGAAACUUCAGCUGAAUGGCAUGGAUGUUGCGCGAC